AGUGCUUACGAAGAAAAUAAAAUAAACAGCCAAGUACUUUCAUAGGAAGUAGCUUGGAACAAAAGGGAAAAAGAAAAUGACUUCAUGGAGCUGAGAAACUGCACCAGGGUGAAAGAAUUUACUUUCCUUGGUCUAACCCAGAAUCAAGAGCUGAGCUUGGUCUUAUUUCUUUUCCUGCUUCUCGUGUACGUGACAACUCUGCUGGGAAACCUCCUCAUCAUGGUCACUGUGUCCUGUGAAUCUCGCCUUCACAACCCCAUGUACUUCCUGCUCCGUAAUUUAUCUAUUGCCGACAUCUGCUUUUCCUCCAUCACUGCUCCCAAGGUUCUGGUGGACCUGCUGUCACAGAGAAAGACCAUCUCCUUCAAUGGCUGCUUCACCCAGAUGUUUUUCUUCCACCUUGUCGGAGGGGUGGAUGUAUUUUCAUUAUCAGUGAUGGCAUUGGAUCGAUAUGUGGCCAUCUCCAAGCCUCUGCACUACGUGACCAUCAUGAGUAGAAGUCGUUGCAUUGGAUUCAUAGUGGCCUCCUGGGUGGGGGGCUUUGUCCACUCCAUUGUGCAGAUUUCCCUGUUGGUUCCACUCCCGUUCUGUGGACCCAAUGUUCUUGACACUUUCUACUGUGAUGUCCCCCAGGUUCUCAAGCUCUCCUGUACAGACAUUUUUAUGCUUGAGUUGCUGAUGAUUUCCAAUAAUGGACUGCUCACCACACUGUGGUUCUUCUUCCUCUUGGUGUCAUAUAUGGUCAUAUUAUUAGUAGUAAGGUCUCAGGCAGGGGAGGGGAGGAGGAAAGCCAUCUCCACCUGUACCUCCCACAUCACUGUGGUGACCCUGCACUUUGUGCCCUGCAUCUACGUCUAUGCCCGGCCCUUCACUGCCCUCCCCACAGAUAAAGCCAUCUCUGUCACCUUCACUGUCAUCUCCCCGCUGCUGAACCCCUUGAUCUACACCCUGAGGAACCAGGAAAUGAAGUCAGCCAUGAGGAGACUGAAGAGAAGACUCAUGCCUUCUGACAGGGAAUAG